AAAAGAUUUCAUUUGAUUUGUUGCCGUCCUUUGAAGUAGCUGCUGGAGAACAGCACAAGAUUUGCACAGACAAAUGGAUGGAGAAUAUUAUUUAGAUUAUAAUUACUCAUACGAAUACCCUAAUGAAACCAACGUCUGUGAAAUGGGUGAUUAUUUCACAUUUAACAUCUAUCUCACUGCUGUCCUCUACAUUCUGGUAUUUUUGCUCAGUCUGCUAGGAAACACUUUGGUGUUAUGGAUCCUACUGAAAUAUGAAAACCUCACAUCAUUGACAAACAUCUUCAUCAUGAACCUCUGUGUCUCUGAUUUAGUCUUCUCCUGCAUGCUGCCUUUUUGGGUAGUGGACCAGUCUUUUGGAUGGAUUUUUGGUAAGUUCCUUUGCAAAGCAUCAAAUGCUGUUUUCUCCAUCGGCUACUACAGCGGUGUUUUCUUUUUGACUCUCAUGACUAUCCUGAGGUACUUGUUUGUGGUGAACCCCCUUUCAACUCUGAGAUCCCAGUCACAGAGCUGUGGUGUUCUGGUGUCCUUGGCUGUUUGGACUGUUAGCUUAUUAAUUGUGGUUCCUGAGGUGAUUUACACCACAGUGCAAGAAGACUUGGAAGAGCACAGGUUCUGUGAUUAUGCUGACGGGAAUUGGAAAAAGAUGGACAUUUAUGUGAGAAAUGUACUCUUCCUGCUUUCCUUUGGAGUCAUUGUAUUCUGUUACUUCAAGAUACUCAUAAUCUUGCUUAGAGCAAGAUCUCGCAGAAAGCACAGAACAGUGAAACUCAUCCUCAUCAUCGUGGUGGCUUUUUUCCUGUGCUGGGCACCCUACAACAUCCUCAGCUUUCUGAUGACUUUUCCACCACCUACCUGUCAGUAUGUGAAAGACUCCAACCUUGCCUUUCACAUCAGCCGUAAAAUUGCUUUCUCCCACUGCUGCCUCAACCCCGUGCUCUAUGUGUUUGUUGGAGUCAAGUUCAAGAGGCAUUUGGCACAGUUAUGCAGUCUGUGUUUACACUGCAGCAAUGGUCAAGCCUCCAGCCCCAGGACCUGCAAUGAAGGCAAAUUCCAGCGUGAAGGGACGUCCGUCUACUGAAGUAAAACCUAACUAUUAGGACUGAUCCUGAAUGAACUUUCAGAUUUUGCCAUGCCAUGGAUAGCCUCUAACUCUUCCCUGAGAAAGACACACACAUUUACUCUUUGCAAACAUGCUGUGUAUGGAAAAUAACAAAAUGUAUUUGCAGUGGGAUGAAGAGAUGAGAAUGCCAAGAAAUUAUUUCACUGGCCUGAAAGUCUUAAGUUCACAAUUUUUUUGCACAGUGAGAUGGAUUUUCUCUCAUUUAAACUCUCUUUUGAAAAGAAAAAAUUGCUGUUUCCUUUGGGCAUUAAAACAUCAGGUUUUAACAUAAAAGCUGUUGCGUAUCUCUUUCUUACCUGACUUAAAAUACUUGGAUUGUAUUUAGCAAUGGACACAUAGGUAUUUGUGUAAAUUUUACUGCUUUUCAGUGUUUAUCAGUGUUUAUCAGUUUACUCAUUGCUCUUUUUUUUGUGGAGGGUGAUGUCUCUGGAUUAACUGUCCUGACAAUAGCUGCAAGACCUCAGAGUUUCUGAAGGUCUCAGGGCAAAUGUUCUUUUAUCUUUUGGCAAAUAAACAUCUAUAAAACUAGCUUUGUGUAAAAGUAGUCUUUUGGGUUUGAAAUAAAAAAUUUGGGAGAGCUCUAGAAGGAGGACAAGCUGUUAAACUGAUACUUCACUAGGAUAACAGUUUUCCUUCUGUUACUGCUCUUUACCACAGGAUUCUUCCAGUCUUUGAAUAUAAUUUCAAAUGAUUGCAGCACAUCAACAGCUCAUCUCCUGAGAAGAGUGUGAGCAUAUUUACCUCUAAUUGCUCUUUCCCUCCUUUUCUCCCUUUGCCACAGUGCUGAGAACACUUAAACUUAUAAAGAGGUUAUAGUGAAAGAAUAAAUGGCUUUUUAAAUAGCAGGAUAAAAAUGGCUUGCCUUAUUUCCUUAUUUGUAAAAUUGAUGUUUGGGCUUUUUUUUUUUUUUUUUUUUUUUUUUUUUUUUUUUUUUAAUAUAAACUGAUAACCUUCUUCAUUCUAGCUCAAAACGCUGUGGUUUUUUCCCCCAGGCAGUGUAACAUAUAAUGCAUAUUCCAGUGUAGCUGAAUGACAAAGUCCCUGGAAAGCAGAAUAUUUCAUUUACCAGCAUUUAUAUAGAAAGCCAAGGCAGUUUUGCAGUGGCACAAAGCAAUGGUUUAGCAAUGGUUCUAAGCAACAGUUUGGCUUUUCGGGCAUCUGUCUUAAAAUGUCUCUGCUGUUUCCACACUAUUUCAUUUGACCUCUAAAGAUUAUCUGGAACAGACAACAGAUUCUUCACAGCUGCUGUGUAGUUCAUAAAAAGCAGAAACUCAGAUGGGCUCAUAAUACAAUAUCCUAUUUCUAAUUAUAUGCAGAAGCAAGAAUACCUAGGGAAAGGAGUAAGAAUGGGGUGAAUAUAUCUGACAUAGACCCACACAGUCUUCCUAGGGCUUGCCCACAGUUUCUACUUUGUGUUUCAGUUUGGUUGCCAGAACAAAGUGUUUGUAUCAUGCCCCUCGUCAUCAGAUGCACCAUUCUGAACUGAUCAGUCCU